ACACGGUAUCUCGUGCAACUUGUCUUGCGCCUUCGUUUAGUCCGAUCGGACGGAAUCGAAUCGGAUCGGUAAUUCUUUAUCCGCGGUAUCUUAACGAAUAGACGCGAAUUAGAAACGCGCUCGAAACGACACGAUGCGCGGACGCGGGAAAAAAAAAAACGCCAGGGACACGGGGAAAAUCACGGUCUCGCGAACAUACAUUUUCUUUCCUCGUACACACUUGCCGUUUAAACGCUCGCGACGAUCGUCUCGAAUCGGUUUAACGACGACCUUUUUUUGUCCGUUUUUAUUCGCGAUCGAUGUCGAAUCGGAACGGAACGUUUUUUCGAUGCCCGACAACGUCGUCUCCUGUUUGCUCCUGUUCCUGGAUCUCCGUCCGCCUGCCCGUUUGCCCGUUUACACCUCGACCUUCGCGUCGUAAAUUGAAAAAUUCAAAGCGCAAGACCAAGUUCGACCGUAUGCGAUGCGCGCAAACACGCAUACGUAGCUAGGUGUACUCGGUCAUGCCGAUUCGAGAAAUAUCGAGAGCAGAUCGAGGAUUGCUCGGCGUGUGCUGCGUGUGUAUAUAUUAGUUUCACAGGACCACGAUUCGGUGAGACAAGGCUGAUGCCUGCGAUCGGAUUGCUAAUCGGAUUAAUGGACGGCAUAUCUAUCUGCCAGUGCGAUGGAUCCUGUCUCGCACCGUACCUUGUGGAACCAGAAUGACACCGGUGCCAUCACCCACCUUUGCAACACCAGUCCCGUACCUGCGCAUCUACGACUCUAGAGUACCUCUACACGCACUCUCGAUAGUCGAUCCAUUAUCUACAUUGCUCGAUAAAUGUACAGUGUCUUAUAUGGGUGGUAAAAUCGCGUUAUUUCCAAUUAAGACACUUUUCUCCUCGCGUUCGAUUAUACGUAUCCGUUUGCCGUACGCUUUCGAUUAUCCCGAACGACGCGAUCCGAAUUACGCUUCACUCGUUUACAUUUUUCCACCUGCCUACCCGACGAUUACGAUCUAUCUGUUAUUGUCGCGCGCUUUCCUUCUCUUUGCUUAUUUUCACCAUUAUUAUUUCUUGCGGAACAACGUUUUCUCCAUUCGAUUUCCGAUUAUUUAUCUUUAUUAUCUCUCUUUUCUUUCUUUUUUUUCCCCUUUUUUUUUUCUUUUUCUUUUAAUUUCUCUACAGUUACUUCAUUUGAUUUUUUUCCCCUUCUUUCGUUCGCUCGCGUACGAUUGCUUCGCGUUUGCGCAUAGUCGCGCUCACCCACUUUUGUCGGUGUAUGAGUUGCGUACCGCCAUAUAUACGCGUCUGUAUAUGUUUUAAUGUAUUUAGGUACGUGAAUAGAACCACGUAUCAUACCACCUUUCUAUCUUUUCAAGUUAUCUUUCUUUAUUUAAUUUAGUGCGAUUCGAUCCAAACUUCCUUUCGAAAUGGUGUUGCGCGUUUAACGAUUUCAUUCUUUCGACAGCUCAACUUUGUAAGAAGUUAUUUGAGAACGAUCGGCAAAGAAGGUCCGUCGGAAGAGGAUCGAGUCAUGACGGAAAUCAAGAUAUUCUCCUUGGCUAGUCACUUAUUUUGGGGCCUUUGGAGUAUCGUCAAUGCAAAAUUAUCGGAAAUUCCAUUCGGAUAUUGGGAUUACGCAGUUUCCCGAUUAAAAAAUUACCAAUACUUGAAAGAGAAGAUCAUGGUAUCUGGGCCACCGACGAUAAAUACCGAAUUUACCGAUAAGAAAACAACCGUGGUAGAUUGAGAAACGCGAAUCUAUUUAAUCGUCAUGGUGUAAAAUGCUUUCUAUGCGACUGCAAACGACAGUUUGCUCGUCACAUCUGCAUAUGCUCGUGAUGAUUAUCUUGCCGGAAUCAAAGUAUCACGAUCUAUCGUUAUCUUGUUAUCAGAAAUCGUGAUACGUAUCUUUUAUUUUCCUAACGCGUGGAGGUGAAAGAAUUUUGAGGAAAAUAGAGGAGAACGAGCACGAACGUAACGUGUACGCACGCGUGCUCGCGAGAGUGAUUGGUGGACAAUUAGGUCGGGAAAUAAAUAAAGAAAGGAGUCGGGG